AUGAAGCAAUUAAUAGGACACAAACAUCUACAGUUCAUCAGCAUCAUCCAUGAUGUCAGGAUCACUUUCCACGUCCUUUGCUUCCUCAUUGUCCACCUCAUUGUCCUCAUCUCCCUCCUUCCUGUACGGGCGGCGGCUCUAGAAGGCUACGCACACUCCUCGUCUUGGGCUUGCUCCCCUUGCCCCCCUUUGUUCCAGGAGCAGAAGCACGAUCUCCAGCGGGCGCCAACGACGCGCGGGGUGGGGAGUGACGACCGGUGGCCGGCGGGGUGGGGAAUGGCGACCGACGAGGUGGGAAUGGCAGGCACGGCGCGAGCCUUGGCCCCUGGAGUCGUGUCGUCAGCGAGACCCGUCCUUCGACGCCUCACGGACUGA